CCACCGGCAGGUUGCAUCUUGACAUGAUAUCUGCGUUCGAACCGGCUUUGCAACCACGGGCCUGUUAAUAGAGUCAGGCGAAGGUACACGCGUGUGAAACCGAAAUUAACGAAAAUACAUCACCAGAACUGUCUGAGCCUGACUGGCAUCUCCUCUAACCACCAAUUAACUUGACGCCGCCUUCCGAAGCUCUUAACAUAUUCACAACUGGUUCGAGACCGAGCGUACCGAGCAUGCAAUGGACAGGCAGGGAUCUCUUCCUCGGCUUCACUUCUGGCAUCGCCGUUACAAUCAUCCUUGACCAUAUCCGUCGGUACAUUAGGUCGCCCGGCUUCACCUGGCCACGCUCAGCAGCCCUCUCUGGCACCCAUGGCGCUGUCCUGCAACCUCAAGCCGCUCCAUCCCUCCGCCCCGUGGGCAUAGGCAUAGAAUCCACAAUCGGCAACACACCCCUAAUUGUCAUCCCCUCUUUGUCCGCUGCAACAGGCUGCACGAUCCUCGCCAAAUGCGAGUUCCUCAACGGCGCUGGCAACUCUCCCAAAGACCGCGUCGCAUUGUCCAUCAUCACGCGCGCCGAGUCCGCAGGUCUUCUGACACCCCAUACUGGUGAUACCGUAUACGAAGGGACGGUGGGAUCCACGGGUAUCUCGCUUGCCACGCUGUGCCGAGCAAGAGGCUAUCUCGCGCACAUCUGCAUGCCGUCCGAUCAAAGCCACGAGAAGUCGAACCUGCUGCUCAAACUAGGCGCCGUCGUCGAACGCGUCACACCCGCGCCCAUAGUCGAUCAAGAGCACUUCGUCAACCGAGCCCGCAUUCUCGCUCAGCAACACACCGCCGACCCGGCGAAGAAAGGCAGGGGCUACUUUGCGAACCAGUUCGAGACGGAAGCCAACUGGCGCGCCCACUACGAGGGCACAGGGCCCGAAAUCUAUGCACAAGCGGGUGGGAAUGUCGAUGCGUUUGUCGCGGGCGCGGGCACAGGCGGGACGGUCUCGGGCGUGGCAAUGGCGCUGAAGGAGCGCUUGCCCGAUGUCAAGGUAGUCCUGGCGGAUCCGCAGGGUAGUGGGCUGUACAAUAAGAUCCAGCAUGGUGUCAUGUUUCACACCCUUGAGCGCGAGGGAACACGUCGGCGGGAUCAAGUCGACACGAUUGUCGAGGGGAUCGGUCUGACAAGGUCUACGAUCAACUUUGAGCGGGGCAGAGAGUUGAUUGACGAGGCUGUCAAGGUUACGGACGCGCAAGCGAAGAAUAUGGCGAGAUGGCUGGUUGAACAGGAUGGGAUAUUCAUCGGGAGCAGCAGUGCAGUCAACUGCGUCGCUGCGUUACAAACAGCGUUGAAAAUUGGUCCUGGCCAUCGCGUCGUGACUAUCUUGUGCGAUUCUGGCGCACGACAUCUUUCCAAGUUCUGGGCUCAGAUAGGUGACAUUGGAGGUGAAGCGCGAACGACCAUUGAGGAUAUUCUGGAAGGCAGGACUCUGGCUUGAAUUCGUUCAACGCACUGCGAACAAUUCGUCGUCGGAAUCCUCGGUCUUGACGUACUCCGGGCCAAGAGUGGUUCCGCCAACAUACUGACCGGCCGCUUGCUGGAUACCUGCCAAUAACCCAGUCUCGCGCGGUACACUGCGGUCACCAAUUGGUUUCAACCACAUUUCUGCCAGUUUGUUGCCGAUGUCAGUAUCACUGCAGUUUCGCAACCAGCGCCUGAAAGUGCCAAGCUCUUGCAGCGGCUUGUUGCACAGGUCUUCAAGUGUCUUCAUUUCCUCGUCGGACCACUGGCGACGCGCGUGGGGAUCGUUAUGUCCAGGUGGAGUUCGGAACCUGUCAUAAAGCUCGUUGAGGAUCGGUGCGGUCUUCCGUGUACGGAGGACUUUGCAGCUGGCGAUCUCGGCAAAUGAUAAACCGGCGCCUUCAUGCAGUUCCACCAUCGUCUUGAAGUCACAGAGCACCAGUCGCGGUGUCUUGGGUUUAGUGUGACUCAGAGACCGGUAUUCCCUAAUAUACGCCAUGUCGUGCACUUCGUCAGGGUCGGCUCCGGUCUUGUCAGCCUUGACUACCAGAUGAG